UUAUGUAACACUUUAGUUGAAAUAUUACUGAGGAGGAUGACGCAUUCAGUUUGUAUUUAGGCAAGACUGUUUUUUUUUAUCGGUGGUAGAGUGUAAUAGGCCCAUGUCUUAUCAGUUUUUACAGAGUGAAAGUUUCAACCCGAAUUAUUUGGAAGCUAUGAUACCCGCCCAGGAAGCUUCCCGAAUCUACCACACCAACUACGUGAGGAACGCGCGAGCGAUCGGUGUCAUGUGGCUAAUUCUCACCGUCGUGUUCGCCGUCGUUACCAUGGUGGCGUUCAUCCAGCCGUACUGGAUCGGAGACAGCGUCAACACGCCGCAGGCGGGCUACUUCGGCCUGUUCCACUACUGCAUCGGCAACGCGCUUUCUGGCGAGCUCACGUGCAAGGGCAGUGCGCUGGACUUCGGCUCCAUCCCCUCGGGCGCGUUCAAAACGGCCAUGUUCUUCGUAGGGAUCUCCAUGCUGCUGGUGGUCGCCAGCAUCGGCUGCUUCAGCCUAUUCUUCUUCUUCAACUCAGGCAGCGUGUACAAGAUCUGCGCCUGGAUGCAGCUGGCCUCCAGUGGUUGUAUGGUCAUCGGCUGUCUGAUUUAUCCUGACGGCUGGGAUUCGCCGGAGGUGAAGCGCAUGUGCGGGCAGAGGACGGAUAAGUACACGCUGGGGAACUGCACGGUGCGCUGGGCCUUCAUCCUGGCCAUCAUCGCCAUCAUUGACUCGCUCUUCCUCUCCUUUCUGGCCUUUGUGCUGGGCAACCGGCAAGACACACUUCUGCCUGAGGACUUCGAAGCUGGGGACAAGGAGAAAGAUAAAGAGUGAGGAUCCCCAGUUUUCCCAGUUUCUGACAUCUAGCCAAGCACUUAUCCCGACCAGCUGUGUCGACCCUUCAGAGAGGAGGCUUCGGUUGGGUUCAUAGUGGACUGCGUGCUGUAAACGCCUCACGUCAUCAGAAAACGUGCGAUUUGAGGAACAUGAUUGAUGUGCUUGAUAUGAGCUUAUAGAAGCAAGUUAAAAAUUGCACUGGCUAUCUUGUGAAAGCCAAUGUCUGACAGUGUAUUAGUUUGAAUCACUAUGGUAACUAGAGGUGAUGCGCGGGUCGUGUUUAGGACACACACCUGCCCGACCCAUUUUAGAGAUCCAAUCCGCCCCACUUGUGCCCAAGAGUCAUAAGGCUGUCCGCAUCACUAGUUUAUAGUAACCUGUCUUUUAUUUUUUACACUUUCCACUAUACUCAUUAUAUCCACACUUUUC